UUAAAUUUCAAAAAAUCGUUAAAAUGUGAGCAACUUCAUUUUAUAUUUGCUCAGUUUUAGUAAACAAAGACACGAUUUAUUGCAAUUUCAGUGAAUUUAAUUAACUAGAGCAUUAUAAUGGAAGAAGAAACAUCAUUUGAAGCACUUUUAAAGCUAAGAGAUCAAGUAGGAUUGAAGUCAUUCAAGGAAUUUGAGUCUAAAGUGUUAUUUAAGAAUAAAUCAGAAAAAUCACAAAAAAGAUCCAGAAAGGAAGUAAAUAAUGAAGAUGAUGAAGCACCACUAGAGAUAUCGAGUAAGACACCAUUUAAGAAGAGCAAAAAUGCAGUAAAUAGACAGUUUCAGGCACGAUCAAGAGAUCCAAGAUUCGAUAGUCGCAUAGGAACAUUCAAUGAGGAGAAAUUCCAGAAGAAGUACGACUUUGCAUUCAAAUUGCGUGAUCAGGAACUUGAAGAUCUUAAAGCUACACAAAAGAAAGAAGAUAAAGAUGAUAAAAAGAAGAAAUACUUAAUCCAGCGAAUAGAAAAUCAAAAGCGAGAAAACUCAAAGAAAUUAAUUAAUAAAGUAAGGAACAACAAUAAAGUGGAAGUGCUAGUUGAUGGAACCAAGUUUUACAAAACAAAGAAGCUUCAAAGGACAGAAGAUUUAGUUAAUAAAUUUAUUGAACUCAAAAAUGCAGGACAGCUUGAAAAGCACUUGGAUAAACGACGAAAGAGACAGGCUGGAAAGGAACGAAAAAAGAUGAAUAUUGAAAAAUGA